ACUCCGGUGAGGGGAGAGUCGCUGAUGUGUGGCUGACUUAUUGUCUGUGUGUGUUUUUUCUUGCGGAGUCGAUGACGGAGUGAGAGAUGUGAAAAUACCGUCUUAAAAACAGACCAGCUGUAGAUUAGCCUGAGAGAUAUUCGAGGGGGAGGAGGAAGCUUGGAAAGAGGAAGGAGGUGCAACAUUUGCAUUGCUUUGUGCUGUCGAUACGAUACAGAGGCAGUUGCAGGCAGGAUUUGAUUACUCGGGGUGGGGGAUGGAGAGGGCGGAAGGAGCACAAGGAGCAGAGGGUAAACAAUAAGAUCUAUUCAAAGAAUAUGGCAUGUAAUCAGUCUGAUCUGGGAUAGCACAAAGCACCCCAUCUAGUCAGGGUUGUUUCCAGCACUGCAUUGUUGUAACAGCUGUCUUUUCUGAAGGGGGGAGGAGGCAGCGUUGGUGACAGAAAUGAGGCCAACCGCAAGGUUUACUUCUCAUUUUAUGGAGAUUGUAUGCAGGGGGGGAAUAUCUACCAUUCAAUUUUUCAACUGUGCUGCUUGUUGCUCCUUUUGCUCUUGAGAACAGCUUGAAUGGGGGGAGAAGAGCAACCUAGAAAGGGACUGAACCAACGUUGGGUAUAGCACUGUUCUCUUUGCUGAGGGGGAAGGGUAACACCAUCAAGCAAAAAUAUUAGUUAAUGACAACUUGAGGAAUGCCUGAUAGCUGCAAUGAAGAAGAGCAGCGUGUUCAUCCAGAAACUGACCAGUGGAUUGAGACAGUUUCUGGCAAGAAAACCCAUUCAGCAGAAAAACAUCUGGUGUUGGAGGGAUGUUAAGAAAAGCAAAACGAAGAUGUUCUCAAACAAUGACGAAGCUGUGAUCAACAAAAAACUUCCGAAAGAACUGCUGCUUCGAAUAUUCUCUUUUCUGGAUGUGGUCACUCUGUGUCGUUGUGCUCAGGUUUCCAGGGCAUGGAAUGUUCUGGCCCUGGAUGGCAGUAACUGGCAGCGAAUUGACCUGUUUGAUUUCCAGAGGGAUAUUGAGGGUCGAGUCGUGGAGAAUAUUUCUAAAAGAUGUGGGGGUUUCUUGCGAAAGCUAAGCCUGCGUGGGUGUCUAGGAGUGGGAGACAACGCAUUAAGGAUAUUUGCACAAAACUGCAGAAAUAUUGAAGUAUUGAACCUAAAUGGCUGCACCAAGAUCACAGAUACGACAUGUACCAGCCUUAGUAAGUUCUGCUCUAAACUCAGGCACCUUGACUUGGCUUCCUGCACUUCCAUAACCAACCUGUCUCUAAAAGCACUGAGUGAGGGAUGCCCACUGCUGGAACAACUGAAUAUCUCCUGGUGUGACCAAGUGACUAAGGAUGGCAUCCAGGCUCUGGUGAGAGGCUGUGGAGGACUCAAAGCCUUGUUUCUGAAGGGCUGUACGCAGCUUGAGGAUGAAGCUCUCAAAUACAUUGGAGCACACUGUCCUGAACUAGUGACUUUAAACCUGCAAACCUGCUUACAAAUCACAGAUGAUGGUCUCAUAACAAUAUGCAGAGGAUGCCAUAAAUUGCAAUCCUUGUGUGCCUCAGGCUGCUCUAACAUUACAGAUGCCAUCUUGAAUGCACUGGGACAAAACUGCCCGCGGCUUAGAAUAUUAGAAGUCGCAAGGUGUUCGCAGCUAACGGACGUGGGCUUUACCACUCUGGCUAAGAACUGUCAUGAGCUUGAAAAAAUGGACCUGGAAGAGUGUGUUCAGAUAACAGACAGUACGUUAAUCCAACUUUCCAUAUACUGUCCACGGCUUCAGGUGUUGAGUUUGUCGCACUGUGAGUUGAUCACAGAUGAUGGUAUUCGUCACUUGGGGAAUGGUGCCUGCGCACAUGACAGACUGGAAGUGAUCGAGCUGGACAACUGCCCUUUGAUCACAGAUGCCUCCUUGGAACACCUGAAGAGCUGCCAUAGCCUGGAGAGGAUAGAACUUUAUGACUGUCAACAGAUCACACGGGCAGGAAUCAAGAGACUCAGGACCCAUUUACCCAAUAUUAAAGUCCAUGCCUACUUCGCUCCUGUGACUCCACCUCCAUCAGUAGGGGGCAGCAGACAGCGCUUCUGCAGAUGUUGCAUCAUCCUAUGACAUUGGAAUUGGUCAUCCUUGCAAACUGAGUAUUUAAUUACACUUCUAGAAUUACAGUGGACACCUGUAUUUUCAACGAAAGAGAUCCCAGUGUCAUUUGCAAGGGCCAGUGAAAAGGGCUGUGGCACCGGGCCCCUGUAGCCACCCAUACACACGCAUAUACACACGCACCACCUGUUUCAGCAACUGAUGAACUCUGUGACGUGGGAGCUGGAUAUGUGUUGUCUUUUGCUGUAGGUGGAUUGAUACAAUUCUGAACCAUUCCUACUGGGCAUGCUCAGAAGAAACUACUGGGGAGGGGGUUGUGCAAACCCAAAACGACUGCUGCUGGUUUUUGUUUCUUGUUUUUGUUUUUUUUUUAAUGUUGGAACAGCACCAAAAUCCUUUGAAGUUGGGGUGGGAGGGGAGAGAAAUGAACGUGCUUUAUUCUUGCAUCCACUGUCCAAAAAAAAAGGAGGUUUUGUUUUCCGUUCUUCAGUAAGCGAAUGAAAACAGCAGCCAUUGCGAGACAUGAUUUACUGUGCUUCGGUACUUCCUUGUUUCCAUGCUAACACACUGAGCAUGCUCACAUUGAAGGUUCAUCAGUUUCUUCUGUGUUUCGUAGCAUUCAGCUCAGAGGCUUCCUAGAUUGUUGUGAUGAUAUAGCUUGAAAUCUGUAAUGUCGGCCUCAAUUUUUUACCCCACCCACUGCUCAUUUUUUUUACAGAUUUCUAAUUUAGUAAUUUUUUGAGAUUAUUGAACAUAAGUUAUUUAUCAAUAAAAAUAAGACACUUUUUACCAUUAGAAGGCUGCGCCUGAAACUGCCUGUCUGAUGGAAAGAGCUUAAAUAGAAAGAGAGAGUGGAGCGCAGGCUAGGAUCUCAUGGGCUUGUUUGCCCAUUUUUACCAAUAUUUGGGUCUCACCUCUUUUGCAUUUCAAGUUUUACCCCAGCAAAGAGAACAUAGCUCACAAUACAGGGGACACAGCUACAUUCUACAGUCCAACUAAUAUUGAUUCCCUGGCUCCUGCCCAAAAAAGAAAAAAAAAAAAUCAGAAUUGCAUUACUGCUUGUUGCCCUCAUCAAGGAAUGACACAUUGUUUGAAGCAGAAGGGACAGAAGACCUGAAAAUCUAACACUGAUUAUUGCCACAUUGUCGUGUAUUGAGUUUGUGAACUCUCAGCAACUUUGCUGACGUUUGCAUGUUCCACAGGUAAGUGUCUUGUCCUGGAGAAGCAUCCAUUUGAGUGAAAUGGGAGCUUCUUCUAUGUCACAAGGAUAUACCAUGCUUCCAGUUCCUCCCAACUUUCAAAAAGGGUAUGUUCUAGCACAUUGACGUGGUUGAUCUAUAUAGCAGCUGCGUUUUGAGUGAUUCAGGCAAGCUUAACCCUGCUGCGUCAAGGGAAUGUAGAGAACCUGAGAGAGCCUCCAUGUAAUCAUUGAUUCCUUGAUACCAGGAGUCCAGAUUGCCCAGCACAAAAGAUGCUAACAGACGCGCUGGCAUUGCGGGCUUAAUGGGGCUGAACUUGAUCCGACUAUAGCAGGUUCCUGGAAGGGGCAAUCAGGUGUAAGGAAUUGCCCUUUUCCUGCUGUCAGCACUCUGCGAUAGAAGAGAGAGCACAUGUUUUGUGAAUUGUUCCCGACUGACUGAGACACAGAGGAAUGAGUGUGCUUAAUCAUCGUAAUUGUCAGAGACUGAGGAAGCGGCACUCCACCUUUUAUGGAGAAGAAUUACAGGAGAUGGGGAAGAAGAGAUGGUUUUCUAAAGUACUAGUAAUAGAUUUCAGAGCUCUGAGGGGUCUGUUUUUUCCCCUGCACAUUUAUGUGGAGGGCAGCGUGUUACCUUCCCCGGGCUGUCAUCACCACCUGAGUCAUUCAGGCAGUUAAAAGGGUCAUUUUUAAGCACUGUAUAAGCUAUGUUCCUUCAUCUACAAUUCAUUUCACCAAUCCAUCAGUAUGUGUUUGUGCAUCUGCGAGAUCUUGUGAAUCUGCUGGAAAGGCACGUAGAAGAAACCCAGUAUGCACUGUUUAAAAGGAUACUGACAGCUGUUUUCCCCCACAGGUUUUAAUUUUUAUAUCUGUUAUAUUCAUUAAGCCUUUUUUGGAAGCUGAGAUAAUCUUUCCCCUCAACAGCAGAGCUCAAAUUCCAUUUGCAAAACUUGCUACUUUCCCUUGAUUUCAAUAUGUCAGAAGGAACCUGGCUACGGGUUUACAAUGUUGCAACUUAUUGGCCUCCUGAGCAAGUCAGAUGUAUGUCAAUUUGGGCACUAGAAGUGGUCAGUGUUAGCACAGCUCUGGGAAUAAUCUUGUAGUUAAUUUCUGGUGGGGCAGGAGAAGAAAAAACAGUGAUUUGGUAAGUCCAACUACAGAGGAGCUGUUUAAUUUCUUGGCAAUGGAUUGCUGGGGGGGUGGGGGUGGGAGGAACACACUUAAUUUAGAAUCCAAAGCGUUUUCUUAAACAGGGUAACCGUUUGUGUGGCAUCCCAAACUACUUGACAGAGUCCAUUUAUGUCAAGAAUCUUUUUAAUGGUCUCUUCCUUAUGUUUUGUAUUUAUAAAUACCAAUAAACAACCACUUUCUAAGUUU